AGAACAUAAAAACUGACAUAAUCCUAUGUUAACUGUACUGUUGGCCACGCUGAUUUGUUUCGGCUUCCUGGGGCCUGGAACUACAACGAAUGUGCUUCCGGAGGAUGUUCUCUGCCACCCUCACCGAUGAACAACAGAGACAUUUGGCGAAGAGUGUUACGAAUCUGCUUUCUCUUUACAAGCACAUCUCAGAUUCAUACAUCAUUGAGUUUUUCAGUGAAAAUCUCUGGGAGUCCUUGCCAUUAAGCUGGCAGGAGCCUCUAAAUCAGCUGUCACCACCACAGAUUGCUGAUCUACUGCUUGACAAAAGUGUCACAAAUAGAGGAUAUCCAUCUGUCUGGCCUCUCUCUCUCCUCGCCUUCCGAGCCUCUGCCCAUGCGUUGGCCUAUCCGAGAGUCCCUCCUGAUCAGGGGUCAAUCCAUCCUGGGAUAAAGCCGGAAGAAUUCCACAGCAAUCAAAGCCAGAGUUCCCUCUUAGGACACAUCUUCCGAAAGCAUGUGAAACCAAAGAAGCAGCAUGAGAUUCGCAGGCUGGGGAUGAUGGUGACAAAUCUGUGUCAACAGACCAACUGUGAUGACGUGGUUGACGUGGGUUCAGGACAGGGGCACCUGACACGUUUUUUAUCCUUUGGGCUUGGCUUGUCUGUCACUGCAAUUGAGGCAGAUGCCAACCUGGUGUCGAUGGCCAAAAAGUUUGACGGACAGCUCCGCUCUACACUGGAAAAGGAGAGGCUCAGAAAGACUGACGCUAACCAUCUUCCCCAAGUGGUGUCUGGUCCGUCACCUCAUCACGUUGUAGGCUGGGUCAAUCCAAAGGCCUCGUGGGAAGACUUUAUCGAGCAGCUGAAUAGUAGGGAUGAUGAAAGUGAGUGGCCGGUCUCCGCUGGUGGCCUCUGUAAAAAGAGACAGUGGAUAUCCAUGUCAGCCUCGGAUCAUCAGCCGGACUCCAAGGGCCAGUGUCUGCGGUCAGCGGAGUGUGACUCGCCGAGCUGCGCUGAAGGAUCCAGAGCCAGAGCGCUGUCACUGCACCAGGUGACAGAUUGCCCUGGCCCCAUUUUGGAGGACCUCCAGGCACACGACUGUUCAUCAGAUUCGGCGCCAGCAGCAGAUGUCAAACACACCCAAACGCCACUGGUGAAGCGUCCCUGUAGGUCCAGUCCAGUGGUUUGCUCAGGACAAUCAGCUAGCUGCCUGUUUAAUAGCACCUUGUCGGACUCGACUGCUGGCCCUGGGGAUGAGGAGCGCAUGGGAAGAGGUUUCGUCUUAACUGGCCUCCAUGCUUGCGGAGACCUGAGCGCCACCCUCCUGCGCCAUUUUGUCAGCUGCCCUCGCGUUCAGGGCAUCACCUCGGUGGCCUGCUGCUACAUGAAGAUCACCACCAAGGAGAAUCCCUCUCCGCCUGGUGUCCUUGCCCCUCCCCCCACCGCCCAAUCGGCUGACGCCCUCACACCCUCUGACUUUGGCUACCCAAUGAGCGAGUGGGUGAGGGGAUUGCCCGGGCACCAGCUGUCCUAUAAGGCGCGAGAGGGGGCGUGCCACGCGGUGGAGGACUACGUCCACAGGCUCCGUGAGGAGAGCGAGCUGCUGAAGACGCACUGCUAUCGGGCUGUGCUGGAGACCGAUCGGGCGGCGCGUCCAGAUGUGCGCAGGGCCGGCAUCCAGACCAUCAAGAAAGCACACACCCUUCCCUUUGCAGAGUAUGCUCGACUAGGUCUGCCACGCGUGGGCCUACCUGCUGACCUGCCUCUGGACCAGGUGGACACUAUGCUGCAACAGCAGGGCCGUGUGGUGACCUACUUCAGCCUGGUGCUGCUGUUGGCCCCUGUGGUGGAGACUCUGGUGCUGCUGGACCGGAUGCUCUUCCUGCAGGAACAAGGUAUACCGAGCCAGCUGGUGCCUCUCUUUGAUCCUGCUUUCCCUCGUAACCUGGUACUUGUGGCCGUGAAGCAGGGACUUACCCAAGGGGUAAAGGAUGCUUGUUGAACAUGGGAACGUACAAGAAGGUUUUUAUUCUACAACACAGGGCCAUCACUGUGCUUCACAAUGUCGAUAUCAUACGAGUUUCAUGUGUAGUACCGUCGACAGAGUGUAUUUACAGAUUAUGUUGGUUUGCAUUUUAAGGAAUUUUUAAUUUUCAGAGAUGACCGCAUCAAGUAUGCAUUUUUGGGGCAUAAUAUAUAAAUUAAAAUG